AUGACUUUAAAUCCUGAUUUUGAACAACCCAAUGUCGUUAGGGACAUUCUAUCCCUCACAACGUUUCGGCCAGGCGAACCAGCGUACGCCAUUGACGCUAAAUGGUUCAAUAACUGGAAGCAAAGUAUUGGGAUUGAUUCAAAUCCAACAAAAGAGAAACUACCUCCUAUAGACAAUUCAGAAAUCGUCAACUAUCUAGAAAAAGCCGUCGAUGUUGAUUACGUAGUUAUUCCAGCCGCUGUUUGGAAUGGCCUCAUUCAAACUUAUCAAGGAGGGCCUCCUGUUGAAGUUGAAGUUGGCUAUGAUCCAAAAACAGGAAAUGGAGUCCCAGUAACAAAACUUCAUUCAUUUAAAGUUCAUUACCAAGGAAAUGUUAAAAAAAUUUUAAUUUCAAAAUUCGUUGCAGUCGAAAAUUUAAUUAAAUUAGCAUGCAAAGAAUUCGAAUUAGAUAACCCUCAAUCAUAUACGCUUAGAGAUUACUGGCAAAAGAAAGUUGGACGUUAUUUAUUUCCAAAUCAAAUCAUUUGUGAGUAUUCUUUAUUUGUAAAUACAGAUUUGCUUCUCCAAAAAGGAGACUACCCCGCCGAAGAAGAGAUUUCUGAACCAACAAAUACAAAUUCAGCGAGUAAUCAAUCAUCAUCGACAAUUUCACCAUUUCCACAAGUAAAACCAACCUUUGCAUCACCAAUAGUCUUAUCAAAGCCAGAAUUCACUAUAAAAAGCUCAGCAAGAAGAGCUUCAGUUUCCAGACGAAUUAUCGAAGAAAGAAGAACUAGUUUUACAAGCGGAGCAACUGGUCUUGGUGUACCAUCGACUCCACCCAACCAGCUGUUCUCAAAUCCUUUAAAUACCGAAAGAGUAAGCGCACCAAUAAUUUUUUCAAAAUCUCGCGAGUUUUACGAAAAUCCACAAGGAAUUAAAGGCCUCGUUAAUCUUACAAACACAUGCUUUAUCGAAAGCAUCCUUCAGUGCUUAGUUCACAUAGAUCCUUUGAAAGAAUACUUUUUAAACAACACACAGACAAAACCAGUUAUCGAAUGUCCUAGGAAAUGCAAGAACUGCAAUAUCGUCAACGCAUUUACCGAUUUCGUUCGAUCUUAUCACUCAAAUUCUACAUCAGCUUUAAUUUCUCCAUAUGAAAUCAAAUCCAUCAUAGAAAAAUACUCCCCAGAAUUUGCAGCCAACCACCAUCAGGACGCCCAUCAAUUAUUAACCGUAAUCUUAGAUUUACUCAACGAACAGCUUCGACAACCUCACGAUAUACCAAUCAAGCAGGAAUCAUCGAGUACUCAAGCCAGAGCCAUGGAAGAGUGGAUAGAGCACGUAGCGCUCAACGAUUCGAUAAUUACAGAGAUAUUUCACGGUCAAUCGAUGACUUCCACGGUUUCGCCUAAAUUUACUUCAGAACAGACAGUCUUUUCGCCAUUUACAUCGUUACUACUCAAUUUACCUCCUCCGACGGUUUUAUCAUCAACUUUUAUAUUUGUCCCGUCGGAUCCGAAGCUUCCGAGGUAUUCUCUUCGCAUACCACUUAUAGAUAAGAAGGUUAACGCGGAAAAUUUUGCUGCCAGUCUCGCGGAAUACCUUCAACGACCAAUUAACUGCAUUUACGGCCUUGUAGACAACGAAAACAACAUCGAAUGGAUCACCGGACCCGAGACGGCCAUACACGGUAAGACUCUCAUAGUUUACGAAAUUAAUAACCUGAAUGGUCUUCAUAUGAUGGUCCGAGUGGCCGUUAACUUACAUAAGCUAAUUAACUCCAGCAAGAUCAUAGAUGGCCCUUUCCUCAUAGAAAUACCUUCUCCGGAUACUUCUGCCGAACAAGUUUUGGAGAUUUGCGAUAAUUACUUCUCCUAUAUAUACGAGCCGACAACGGAUACGUUCAUUAACCCAGAAUUAGGAAUACUAGUGCCAAGUAUUAAAAAUAGCCCUUCUUCCCCUACGAGAUUCGAAAUUGAACUUUCAAAGUCACUUUUUUCGAAAUCAAUGCGAUUCAAACCGAUCCCGGAGUGUCCAUCAGUAGCAGCAAGAUCCGUAAUCGUCACUAUUGUUAAGACAACUGGAGUUUCUUGGCAAAAAUUGAUGAGAAUUCCAGUGAAAAACAGCGUAACGACCGGAAAGAAGGAUGUAAACAUAAUACAAUUGAUAGAAGAAGCAGGAUUAUCACGAGGAAUCAGGGAUUCAUGGAGACCUUGUGGUGAAAUGACGAAAAUUAAGAAAAAAGUGUCGAUUGCGAAGAUGCCGAAGGUUUUAAUUCUUGCUCUAAAGAGGUUCGACAUCGUCCGUGGCCAGACAAAGAAAAACGACAUAGCUGUGACGUAUCCAGACGAAUUAAACUUGACAGAUUUAUAUGGAAGACACAAAUUCCAACUCGUGGCCGUAUGCGAAUACGGUGGAAAGAUAGGAGCUGGCCAUUACAGCGCUCACGCAAAAAUUGAUGCUGUAACAUGGGCUGAAUUCAAUGAAAAGCAGGCUUACAGGUGCACACCAGAAGCAGCGCACCAGAACAACGCAUAUAUUAUAUUUUACCAACGCGUUGAUGAAUAA